AACCUGAGGCUUACACAUGUCUGUAAUGUGGUGAUGAAUGACUCAACGAUGCACAGAUAGGCUACACAGUCAUGCCUAAAUGUACUAAUGUAAAUGGCAAAGCAAUCUUACAUCUGCGUUCUGUUCACCUGGUUAACUCACUCAGUCAGUGACAUCUAACCUGUGCUCUGUGCGCACACCUGUGACAGGGAGUGUGUGUGCCCUAUGCUUGGGGCCAUCUCCUCUGGUUUUUAUCUGAAACAUUUUCGCACCGGCCACAAUGAUGAGCGGUGGACCUAACAUCGUGUACGAGUGGCUCCGGACACUGCAGCUGGUGCAGUACAUGGAGGCCUUCAUAGAUAACGGCUACGACGACCUGGAGGUGUGCAAACAGAUCGGCGACCCGGACCUGGACGCGAUCGGGGUGUACGUUCCUCACCACCGGCAGCGCAUCCACGACGCGGUGCAGCGGCUCCGGGACGAGGACAAGGAGACAGCCAGCGGGCUUUACUUCACCCUGGAGCCGCUGCCACCGUCGGCCUCCGAGAUCUACACCAGUCGGCUGGCGGAGCAGUACGAGAGCCGCCUCCGGGGCUCCAAGUCGUGGACCGAGCCUAGCGGCGAGCGGGGCUUCGUGAUGGGGAUGACGGGAGCGCCCAGGAACCUUACUCUUGGGAAUCGUAGGGAGCUGUCGGUCUACCCGAAGCUGAAGUUGAAGAUCAUGAUCCGUGAUAAGCUCAUCCGCGAUGGAAUUAACCUGGCGAGGCCGCCAUACUCCAACAAGGACGGCUCUUUGGGUAAUAUAGAUGACUUGGCGCAGGAGUACUCCGAGUAUUACAACACCUGCUCCAGCGACGUCACCGAACGCUUGGAAGAGCUACGCAAGCGCAGAGUUUCACAGGAGCUGGACAUGGACAAGGCAGACCCCAGCUCCUCCUCUCUCCAGCUGCGCUCUGAAAUCCAGGAGUCCCUGGGGUUUAGCAGUGAAGUCUCCACACCUGAAAUUGAAAGAAAGGUACCCCUCCACAGGUCCAGCUCGGAGGACGGAUGUGGAGGCAAAUGGGACGGUAAGAAGAAGAACAAGUCUUUUUGGCAGAACUUCCGGAAGUCUCCAAAAGGAGUCACAAGACAGACCUCUAAAGGAGAGGAUAUCGGCUAUGUUGCCAGUGAGAUCACCAUGAGUGAUGAAGAACGCAUCCAGCUGAUGAUGAUGGUGAAGGAGAGGAUGAUCACUGUGGAGGAGGCUCUCGCCCGGCUGAAGGAGUUUGAGCGCGUCAGCAGACUCAGCCAGAGUGAGUCCGACUGGACGGAAGCUUCAAGCACCACCGUCAACUCUCGAGAACACUCCGACGAUGAGCAAGAGGACUCGCUCAAGUUCAAGCGCCUGCACAAGCUGGUCAACUCCACACGCCGCGUCCGCAAAAAGCUCAUCAAGGUGGACGACAGCAAGAGACACGCCUCCGACGACUCGCUGAGCCUGGAGGCGUCGCCCACGUGCGAGGACCCCUCGGCGCUGUACGCGGGCGUCCACAAGAGGGCGCCGGUGCUGGACGGCGACUCGUCGCUGUCCUCGCUGACCCAGGAGCAGCUGUCGCUGGACGGCGACUCGGACAGCCUGGGCACCUCGCAGUCGUCCAGCAGCCUGGACCACUGGGGCUCGGGCGCCGGACGCAAGCUGGUCAAGACCUACAGCGGACCGGGCGGCGCCCCGAGACCUCACGGAGCGCUCAGCGCCGUCGCCGUGUCCGUGCACCCGCACGGGCUCAUCCGGCCGCCGCGCAAGCACAGCGAGAGCGGACCAGGCGGAGAAGGCGGGAGCUCUUCGUCCUUCUCGGAGCUGGACGGGAGCGCGCUGACCGACGGAGACCUGCAGUCCGGCGGCGUCGGCGUCGGAGUGUCGCGCUCGGCCACCGACGGCGAGAUGAAGCGCGCGCUGGGCGCGCUCACGGCCCACGGGAGGACGUGUAGUUUCGGAGGAUUUGACCUGUCCAACCGAUCUCUGCACGUGGUUGGAACUGCCAGCGAAUCAAACGCUAAGGAUGAUGCGUUGUACCGCGAGGUUAUCAAGUCCCCGAGCACGUCGCGCAUCUCUCUGGGGAAGAAGGUGAAAUCGGUCAAGGAGACCAUGAGGAAGCGCAUCUCCAAGAAGUACAGCAGCUCUCUCUCUGAGCAGGUGCGCCGAUCGAGUCCGGAUGGGACCCCCGUGUCUCCCCAGUCUCCCCAGCAGGAGUGUGAGCCCCUGGAGAAGCCCAAGCUCAAGGCCGGGGGCUCAGUGGAGUCCCUCCGCAGCUCUCUCAGUGGACAGAGCUCCAUGAGUGGCCAAACGGUCAGCACUACAGACUCGUCAGCGUCGAACAGGGAGAGUGUGAAGAGUGAGGAAGGGGAGGACGAGGAGCCUCCGUACAGAGGACCCUUCUGUGGACGCGCCCGAGUCCACACCGACUUCACCCCCAGCCCCUACGAUUCAGACUCACUCAAGCUCAAGCGGGGCGACGUGAUCGACAUCAUCAGUAAGCCGCCCAUGGGCACGUGGAUGGGCCUGCUCAACAACAAGGUGGGCACGUUCAAGUUCAUCUACGUGGACGUGCUGUCCGAGGAGCAGGACAAGCCCAAACGCUCCAUCCGAAGGAAGAGCCGCAGGAAGAGCAGGCCGCCCAAACCGGCCUCCGUCGAGGAGCUGCUCGAGAGGAUCAGCCUCAAGGAGCUCAUGCCUACGUUCCUGUUUAACGGCUACGAGGAUCUGGACACGUUUAAGCUCCUGGAGGAAGAAGACCUGGACGAGCUCAACAUCAAAGAUCCCCAACAAAGAGCUGUUCUGCUCACUGCUGUGGAGCUGCUCCAAGAGUAUGACAGCAGCAGUGACGUGGAGCGCAGCACCCUGACGGGCUCCCAGGAGAAGCUGCUGUGCGAGGGCCCCGGCCUGGAGGGCGACUCGCCCCGCGACUCCGGCUGCUACGAGAGCACCGAGCACCUGGAGAACGGAAAGAUCCGGAAGGCUUCGCGUUUGCGGAACUCGGGCGCGGAGCUGGGCGCCGCCGACUACCCCACGCUGCCGCUCACCCGCUCCACCGAGGCCCUCCAGCAGGAGCGCGCCCGCAAGCACCCCGUCGCGGCCGCCAAGCACUUCCUGUUGCACCCGCCAAUCAAAGCCCUGCGAGGGCUGGGGCGGGGCGUGCGGGGGGCCCGGCGCUGCAGGGUCCUAAUGCCCGCCAGCCGCAGCUGCGAGAUGCUGGACGUGCCACUGGAGGCCACCACCGGGGGCGCCGCGACCCGGAAGAGGUCGCAGUCCGUGGGAGACCUGCUGUGGGAGCAGAGCUUCGACCAGCAGCAGAAGCCCCAGAGGGGCCCUCCGCUGCCUGCCCAGGGGCCCGGGGCCAAAGAGUGGAAGGACCGGAGGGAGGCGGAGAGGAAGAAGAGGGAGGAGGAAGGUGGGGUGAUGCCCGCUGCCGUGCCCGCUCUUCCACCCAGGCCUGGCGCGGUCGCUGCCACGUCUCCCAGCUCUGCGCCAGUGUCUCACAAUACACCAUUGUCUCCAUUCCGUAAGAGUCCUCCGGUUUCCCAUGAUGCCUCUGUGGCGUCGCCCGUCGGCUCCCCGCUCACAUCCCCUCCCACCUCCCCCCCGCUGUGGACUCUGCCCAAGAAGGCCCCCGUGCCCCCUCCCGUACCCGUCAAGAAGUCCAAGGAGCGACUGCCCAACGGCCUGCGCCCACCGCCCCCUCCAUCCCAGCUCCUGCCUUCCCUGCCCAUCAAAACCUGCCCCAGCCCCCCCGAGGGGAACCCUUCUACCCCCACCACGCUCUCCCCUGUGUCCCUGAGCCUCUCUCCAGGGGAGGCCGAGUCCGAGCCGGAUACCCCGCCGUCGGUGCCCCCUCCCUGGCUGUCGGACCUGCCCGAGUCGGCCUGCCCACAGAUCCAUGGCUCAAGGCCGGUGAUGGCGCCGAUGGCGCUCAGGCGGGUGUCCAAGAUGGCCGACCUAGAGACUCUUCUGGAGGAGAGGCUGGUGGCAGAGGGCAUCGACCUCACCGAAGAGCCUUACUCCGAUAAGCAUGGGAGGUGUGGUGUGCCGGUUUUGCUGGUGCAGAGGUACAGUGAGGAGCUACAGCGCCCCCUGCAGAUCGUCUUCUCCACACUGGACGUCGUCCGCGUCAAACAGCUGCGCAAGGAGCACCGCAUGGCCAUCCCGUCGGGCGGACAAACAGACGCCUGCCGCAAGCCCACGUCCCCGUGCCGCUCGGCCUCCCUCUCCGUCUCCGAUUGGCUGGUGUCCAUCGGCCUGCCCAUGUACGCGGCGCCCCUGGCCUCGGCGGGCUGCGAUUCGCUGGCCGCCGUGCGCGCCCUCUCCGAGGUGCGGCUGCGCCAGGCUGGCGUGAGCCAGGACGCCCACGUGCGCUGGCUCCUGCACGAGGCCCGCCUGCUGGCCUCGUAGCCUGCGACUGGCGCGACUGGCGCGUCUGCGUGUCUGCGUCUGCGCUCGUCCAUGCAGCUCCAGUCCAGAUCAGGGCGACGAAACGGGGCGGGAUCUCUCCAGCCGCCUGCCCGCGUCUCUGUCCAUCUGUCCAGUCCGUUCUGUGUUCUUCCCCAAAGUGCUCGGUGACUCCUGCCCAAACGUCUCCUCAUGACAUGACCCACCUCUGCUACCGCACAUCUGCAUCAGUGCAUCUGCUGUGAUGCGUCUGCAUCCCAACAACGUCCACUCUGCACCUCAGGCUAUAUCUGGCCCAGUGCCCUUUAGGACACGGGUAGCACAACACAGAGUGACCCCCACCCCCCACAGUCCUCCAGACUAAAGGAACAAGGUCCUCUUGCCCUCUCUCUGUCUCCGUCUGUCAUUUUUUAUCAGUCAUCCUGACUGUAAAGGUAGCCGUCUGCAGUUUCACACAAACAUCACGGUAGCUUCUUCCAUAUAGGUAUGUUGUUCAUGUGUAGCUAUAGUGGAGGCAGACAUUCCAAUGGGUGACUGAUCAGAGUCAUCUUUGCAACCGGAUUGUGUGACCACACGUCACGCUAUAAAUCUCUGCACAUCAGGCCUGCAAAAGCCCACAUGAUGAGCACAAACAAAGGCAUCAGAGGUCAGAGGUCACGGACCCAGUCACCUCAGCAGACUCUCUAUCUCUCCUCUUUCAUGCUCAGACUGCCAAGUGAAUACCUUUUUACUCUUCUACUAUGUUUCCUCUCCCUCUCUCCCUCUCUCUCUCUCUCUCUCUCUCUCUCUCUCUCUGUCUCUCUCUCUGUCUCUUCCUGCUUGAUUGUCAUCUGUUUGCCAAGGACAAAUCAGUGGCCUUGACACUGAGAGGACAUUGACCUUUGACCCGGAAGCACUGCCGUUUGAGUAAGCAGCCCAUCUUCUGUCCUUUCAAAGGGUUGUAUGGUGCCCACGCACUGCUGUCCCUCACUGCAACAGCAGCCUUUUUCAAAAGAAGGAAACUCAUACACUCUCUUCUUCCAUGGAGUGGGUGGGGGAGGU